AUGAAGCACAAGGAGUCCUGGAAGACUAUCAUGCUCUUAGAAGACUCCAGUACCACCAGGGAAAUAGAGAUUUGCCUACUCAGAAAGUUGGAGACAGUGUCCUUUGGGUCCCCAUCUAUCAAGGUGAAGAAUGAGUAUGAACCCCGGCCAUCACAGGACAAGAAGCCAACCCUACUGUUGGAAGAGUAUUCUAUUAAAUGGCUUCCCAAGUCUCCUAAACUCUAUGGUGGUCGCAAUUGGAGUUCUCAGAGCUCUCGCUGGACUUCAUUAAGGGGAAAGGAAAGUUUUCAUGGUGGCAAUCUGUACAAAUUCAGCUCAGACAAUGAAAAAUGGAAGGAAGGGAGGGUUAGUCCUGAGCAAGAAGCAGAAGAAUUGGAGGAUCCAGAUGAAGAUGAGCCCAUUUCCAAGUUUUCUGGAAGUCUUUUUGAUUCUGAUGAUAGUGUUAGAGAUCAAAGACUCACUAGAACAGUUCUUCAGGAAAAGUACAAAGCAACCACAAAAUUUAAAACCGUUCCUGGGACUAAUGAUAUACCACAGAUUUCUGCAACAACAAUGGAGAAUUUUCUGACAGGGAACAACACAUUUCCAGAAGAAACAAAAGAGCAGGUUCCAAGAGUUGCAGAUGUGAGACCGCCCCCAAUGAAGGAAGCCAUCAUUUCAGAAACAAACACACCUGAUAUUGGCUCUGAUGAAGUGUCAACUAAAAUCAACCCAUUCCAGACAGUAAACCAUGUUAUAACAGUAAGUAAAGACUGA